AUGAGCGAAAAGAUGAAAUCGGCGUUUCAAGCGGCCAAGUCAAAGGUUUCGAGCGCGGUCGAGACGACCAAGGCGCGGUCGAAGGCGCGACAGACGUCCGCGGGGGGGAGCAUGGAUGUCGAUGCGUCGUUAAGGGGGGUCGGGGACGACGGAGACGCGCGCGAGGCGCUGCGCGAGGCGAGGGAACACGCGAAUUCGUUGGAGCGAGCGCAGGCGGCGCUGAACGGGGAGAUGCGGCGGAUGGCGAAUGAAUACGAAAGGGUGCGCGGUGAGCUCGAUGCGGUGAGCCGGGAGAAAGAAGAGGUUCGACAACGAGCGUCGGCGGCGUGGACGGAGAUGACGGCGGAGAUCGAGGCGUUGAAGGCGGAGCUCGAGCGGGCUCGAGGCGGGAAAGCGGAGGGCGACGCGGGAGAAGACGCCAUAGAUGAACUCAAGCAAAAGGCGCACUUGGAGGCGCGAGCGAUUAAAAAGGUUCUUAUUGAAGACAGGGAAAAGUUUGCCGCGACGGAGGCUGAGUUGAGGGGGAGAAUUAAAGAAUUAGAGGACGCGCUCGCGAAUGUCGAGGAAGGCGCCAAGUACACAAGCGAGGCGAACGCGGAGCUAUCGUCCAACGUGCAGACGUUGGAGUCGCAAGUUUCUUCGCUUCGGAUAGAAGUGAACGAGAAAAACGCCACGGUAGAGCGUUUGGAGCGAGCGAGCGCGGCGCCGUCUGAAGAAGUUGCGGCGGCACGUGCGGAGACUCGACAGACGCAAGCCCAAGCCGAAAGACUCGAGUCUUUGCUCGAGGUCACGAAGUCGGAACUCGAAAAGACGACGUCUUCGCUCGAACAAGAAGAAGCGAACGGCGCUAAAACACGCGAAGCCGUGGUGUCGCUAGAGUCUCAGUUAGCGGCGGUAACAGCAGAGCUGCAAGCAAGUACAGACGCUCAAGCGUCCACAAGCUCUGCAACAGACGAACUCAAGGCAGAAUUAGCCGCCGCACGAGUCGAGUACGGCCAAGUACGGUCCGAGCUCGAGGCGAAAUCGAAGGCGCUGGAGCAGGCGCAGGCUUCAAGCGUGGCGACAAGUGAGCUCGAGGCGGAGCUGGCUUCCACGCGCUCUGAGCUCGAGGCGAAAUCGAAGGCGCUGGAGCAGGCGCAGGCUUCAAGCGUGGCGACAAGUGAGCUCGAGGCGGAGCUGGCUUCCACGCACUCUGAGCUCGAGGCGAAAUCGAAGGCGCUGGAGCAGGCGCAGGCUUCAAGCGUGGCGACAAGUGAGCUCGAGGCGGAGCUGGCUUCCACGCGCUCUGAGCUCGAGGCGAAAUCGAAGGCGCUGGAGCAGGCGCAGGCUUCAAGCGUGGCGACAAGUGAGCUCGAGGCGGAGCUGGCUUCCACGCGCUCUGAGCUCGAGGCGAAAUCGAAGGCGCUGGAGCAGGCGCAAGCUUCAAGCGUGGCGACAAGUGAGCUCGAGGCGGAGCUGGCUUCCACGCGCUCUGAGCUCGAGGCGAAAUCGAAGGCGCUGGAGCAGGCGCAGGCUUCAAGCGUGGCGACAAGUGAGCUCGAGGUGGAGCUGGCUUCCACGCACUCUGAGCUCGAGGCGAAAUCGAAGGCGCUGGAGCAGGCGCAGGCUUCAAGCGUGGCGACAAGUGAGCUCGAGGCGGAGCUGGCUUCCACGCGCUCUGAACUCGAGGCGAAAUCGAAGGCGCUGGAGCAGGCGCAGGCUUCAAGCGUGGCGACAAGUGAGCUCGAGGCGGAGCUGGCUUCCACGCGCUCUGAGCUCGAGGCGAAAUCGAAGGCGCUGGAGCAGGCGCAGGCUUCAAGCGUGGCGACAAGUGAGCUCGAGGCGGAGCUGGCUUCCACGCACUCUGAGCUCGAGGCGAAAUCGAAGGCGCUGGAGCAGGCGCAGGCUUCAAGCGUGGCGACAAGUGAGCUCGAGGCGGAGCUGGCUUCCACGCACUCUGAGCUCGAGGCGAAAUCGAAGGCGCUGGAGCAGGCGCAGGCUUCAAGCGUGGCGACAAGUGAGCUCGAGGCGGAGCUGGCUUCCACGCGCUCUGAGCUCGAGGCGAAAUCGAAGGCGCUGGAGCAGGCGCAGGCUUCAAGCGUGGCGACAAGCGAGCUCGAGGCGGAGCUGGCUUCCACGCACUCUGAGCUCGAGGCGAAAUCGAAGGCGCUGGAGCAGGCGCAGGCUUCAAGCGUGGCGACAAGCGAGCUCGAGGCGGAGCUGGCUUCCACGCGCUCUGAGCUCGAGGCGAAAUCGAAGGCGCUGGAGCAGGCGCAGGCUUCAAGCGUGGCGACAAGCGAGCUCGAGGCGGAGCUGGCUUCCACGCGCUCUGAGCUCGAGGCGAAAUCGAAGGCGCUGGAGCAGGCGCAGGCUUCAAGCGUGGCGACAAGUGAGCUCGAGGCGGAGCUGGCUUCCACGCGCUCUGAGCUCGAGGCGAAAUCGAAGGCGCUGGAGCAGGCGCAGGCUUCAAGCGUGGCGACAAGCGAGCUCGAGGCGGAGCUGGCUUCCACGCGCUCUGAGCUCGAGGCGAAAUCGAAGGCGCUGGAGCAGGCGCAGGCUUUGUCAAGUGAGACGCAGCAACGGUUGGAAACCGCUCGCAACACAUCGCAGUCGGAAGUAUCCGUGCUGAAGCAAGAGCUUGUAGAAAAGAAUCAUGCUCUUGCGGAAGCGCAAGCGUCGAGUGUGAACGUGGAAGAAAUUCAAGCCACGACUCAGUUGUUGGAAUCUCAGCUUGUUGCAGUGAAAGCAGAGCUUGAAGCAAAGAGCGCAGAGCUCGACGCACAGAAGGAGGCACUCAUGCGCGCCGAAGCGACGAAGAGUUCAAGCGCAGAAGAAGUCGAAACAAUGAAAACGACGUUAAUGUCUCAACUUGCGAUGGUGCAAGACGAACUCGCGUCAAAGACCGAGGCGCUCAAGAAGGCAGAGUCUGCGUCGAACGCUGCAGCACAAGAAAAAGCAGCCGCGAAGGAAUUGUUCGAUUCACAAUUGAGCUCUGCGCGAGCGGAAAUUGAAUCAAAGACGAGUGAGGCACAAAGUGCAUCGGACGCAAGGGACGCCCUGCAGUCCAAGGUGAGCGCCCUUCAAGGCGAGCUUCAGGCGAAACAUGAAGCGCUCGAGCUUGCGCAAGCCUCAACGGGAUCAGCGACGGACGAACUCCAAUCGAGCCUCGAUGCGGCUCGUCAACGAGCCCUUGGUUUUGAAACCGAUCUCGAAGCGCUUCGUGCAGAGCUCGCGGCUCUUCGUGCAGAGCUCGCGGAUAAAACGCAAGCGCUCACCGCGUUUGAGCAGAAUGCCUCCGCCGCGAGGACGGAGCUACAAGAGAAACUCGAGAAGAGUCUUGAGCACGCUCGAGCAGAGAAUCAACAAGUAACGGAAAAACACGAGGAAGUGCAGGCGACGUUAUUGACGGAUGUGGAAUCGCUCAAGGCGAAUCUAGAGUCGGCAGAGACUCGUAAUGCCGUCAUGGAAGAGGAGCUUCGCUUGACAAACGAAGCGCUGAAUCGUUCAUCCGUCGAAGCCUCGGGCAUUGAAAGUGUUCGCACACAGCUCGCUGAGGUCAGCGAGCGUUUCAAAGAGUCCGAAAUGGAAAGAUCCACUCUCGAGCAAAGUCUGCGCGUCGCGAACGAGCGCCUGACCUCGUUGGAAGAACGACUCAAAGUUGCUGAGGAGAACGAUGCCUCCGCCGCCGAGGCGCUCCGUGAAGCCAAUGAACAAGCCGCGAAGGCGAAGGAUAACGUCGCGUCCAUCGCCUCCGUGAGCGCCACCCAAUUCGCUCAAGAGCGUCAAAUGAUGAAAAAUGCCCUGAGCGAGCUCCAAACCGAGCGUGACAUCCUCGUCAAGAUGCUCAAAACUUUUCACGCGCACGGCGUCGUGCACUCGACGAGCGAGACAGCGUCUCAUCGCGACGCCAGCGAGAGCGUCUUCGGGGACGGCCCUUCGGAGUUCGCCCGGCGUUUCACCGAUUCCGCGUCAUUAGCUGGCGUGUUCACCCCGAGAAAACGCGCCCCGUACGUUGACCUCGACCGGCAGUCCCCCAACUCACCGCGCUCGCCCAACUGA